AUGAAGAGAAAAGAGAUGCCCAAGACUCUGACUGAGAUGUACACACACCUUGUGGUGUUUCACACCAAACAGAAGAAUGAAAAGUAUCUUGGGAAAGAAGAGACAGGUCCACACUGGAAUAAAGAGAGCAUUAUGUCACUGGGAMAACUGGCUUUUCAACAGCUUGUGAAGGGCAAUCUGAUUUUCUAUGAAGAAGACCUGAAAGAGGCUGGCAUUGAUGUCAGUGAAGCAUCAGUGUACUCAGGAUUAUGCACACAGCUCUUUAAAGAGGAAUGUGUGCUGUACCAGAACAAGGUGUACUGCUUUGUUCAUCUGAGCAUUCAGGAGUUUCUGGCUGCUGUAUAUSUGUUCCUCUCAUUCAUCAACAACAAUGAGAAUCUAAUGGACAAACUGCAAACAAAAGACGAGCCUGAAGUUACUUUCUACAAGAGUGCUGUGGAUAAAGYCUUACAAAGUGAGACGGGAAACCUGGACCUGUUCCUCCGCUUCCUUCUGGGCCUCUCAAUGGAGUCCAAUCAGAAGCACUUACGAGGUCUACUGACAAAGACAAGAAGCAGCUCACAGAGCCAUGAAGAAACAGUGAAGUACAUCAAGGAGAAGAUCGGGGAAAAUCCCUCUCCAGAGAGGAGCAUCAAUCUGUUCCACUGUCUGAAUGAACUGAAUGACCAUUCUCUAGUGGAGGAGAUCCAAAGCUACCUGAGGUCAGGAAGUCUCUCAAAACCCAACCUGUCACCUGCACAGUGGUCAGCUCUGGUCUUUGUKUUGCUGACUUCAGAAAAGGAGCUGGAUGUGUUUGACCUGAAGAAAUACUCCAGAUCAGAGGAAGGUCUUCUGAGGCUGCUGCCAGUGGUCAAAGCCUCCAGAGCUGCUCUGYUAUCAGGCUGUGGAGUCACAGAGGAAGGCUGUGCUUCUCUUGUCUCAGUUCUGAAGUCAAAUUCCUCACACCUGAGAAAGCUGGAUUUGAGUAACAAUGACCUGAAGUUUUCAGGWGUGGAGCUGCUCUCURCUGUACUGGAGAAUCCCCACUGUAAACUGRAGACUCUGAGGUCAGUAUUCCUGUAGUUGGUCAACAAGUGA